GAUUGUGCCAGUGGGCAGCGAUGGAGUCGGGGGUCCGAAUUCUGUCUCUACUAAUCCUCCUGCACAACUCCUUGGCCAGUGAGAGCGAGGAGAGCCGACUUAUAAAGCAUCUAUUCACCAGUUAUGACCAGAAAGCUCGUCCUUCAAAAGGUCUCGAUGAUGUUAUUCCCGUGACCCUGAAGCUCACAUUAACCAACCUGAUUGACUUGAAUGAGAAAGAAGAAACCUUGACGACCAAUGUGUGGGUACAGAUAGCAUGGAACGAUGACCGUCUGGUCUGGAAUGUGACAGACUAUGGAGGAAUUGGUUUUGUACCAGUUCCGCACGAUAUUAUGUGGCUUCCUGACAUUGUCCUUGAAAAUAACAUCGAUGGGAAUUUUGAAGUGGCGUACUAUGCCAAUGUCCUCGUGUACAAUACAGGAUAUAUCUAUUGGCUUCCACCUGCGAUUUUCAGGAGCACCUGUAACAUUGAGAUCACUUAUUUUCCAUUUGACUGGCAAAACUGCUCGCUGGUGUUCAGAUCCAAGACUUACAGCGCUAACGAGAUAGAUCUGCAGCUAGUUACUGAUGAUGAGACCGGAUUACCUUUUGACCAGGUGGACAUCGAUCGUGAAGCCUUCACAGAGAAUGGUGAGUGGGCAAUAAUGCAUCGUCCUGCCAGAAAGAUUUUAAACCCCAAGUACUCUAAAGAAGACCUGCGAUACCAGGAGAUUGUCUUCAACCUCAUCAUCCAGAGGAAGCCUCUCUUCUAUAUCAUCAACAUCAUUGUUCCAUGUGUCCUCAUCUCGUUCCUGGUAGUGCUAGUUUACUUCCUACCGGCCAAAGCCGGUGGGCAGAAGUGCACAGUGUCCAUCUCCGUACUCCUGGCACAGACUGUCUUCCUGUUCCUUAUUGCCCAAAUGGUGCCGGAGACAUCGCUCAGUGUGCCGCUCAUUGGCAAGUACCUGAUGUUUGUUAUGUUUGUGUCAACGCUGAUUGUCCUGAGUUGUGUCAUCGUCCUUAAUGUGUCACUUCGGUCACCGAGUACUCACAACCUGAGCACCAAAGUCAAGCAUAUGCUUCUAGAAGUGUUGCCCCAGUUCCUGCACCUGCGGGUGGAGCCAUGUGAUGAGGGGGAGGAGACACCGCGGGAGCGCAGGAGGAGCUCGCUGGGGAUCAUGCUGAAGGCGGAGGAGUAUGUGCUGAAGAAACCCAGGAGUGAGCUGAUGUUUGAGAGGCAGAGGGAGCGGCACGGCAUGAGGAGGGAGCCCGACGGGUACAGAGCCGAUGGAUUUGAUGUUGGGGUGACUACUACUCUGUAUCGAAACCUGGCACAGUGCGCCCCAGAAAUCAAGGACUGUGUGGAUGCCUGUAACUUCAUUACACAGAAUACCAAGGAGCAGAAUGCCACUGGCUCUGAGAUGGAGAAUUGGAUUCUGAUCGGGAAGGUUCUGGACGUCCUGUGCUUCUGGGUCGCCCUCCCUCUGUUUGUGUUGGGGACAUUGGCCAUCUUUCUGAUGGGUCACUUCAACACUGCCCCAGAACACCCCUUUUAAUGAGAAGACAAUGUGUGUGGCCCUUUGUAAUGGCAGAGGGGACACAGGAGAGAGAAGUCUGGUUGGAUGUACUGAAUAUGUGACUUUUGUAGGGAGCCCUAUGUAUUGUCUAACAGCGACCCUAUCCAUAGGGGUCAGUACAGCUUGAGUAUCACACACAAUGCAAUGCGGUUGGUCGAUUCUUUUUCCAUCAAUGUGGGUGGGGGACAGAGAACUGAAAAUGAUGAGGCCAUGACCCCUUUUAGACAGCGGAGUACAGACCUGCAUUGUACUGGCAGAUCAUUUAUAAUCAGAUCAUUUGGGCCAAUAAAGUAAAGACCACA